GGUGCUGCUGUUUAGUCAUAGUACGAGUGACAGCGAAUCGAGUGUUUUUGCAGUCAGUGUCUCGUGACCCUUCAAGAUGCUGGCCUUAAUCAACAGAAUAUUGGACUGGUUUAAGAGCCUCUUUUGGAAGGAGGAGAUGGAACUGACGCUCGUAGGGCUCCAGUAUUCGGGAAAGACCACUUUUGUCAAUGUUAUUGCCUCUGGGCAGUUCAGUGAAGAUAUGAUACCAACAGUUGGUUUCAAUAUGAGGAAGAUUACGAAGGGUAAUGUUACCAUAAAAGUCUGGGAUAUCGGAGGGCAGCCAAGAUUUAGAUCUAUGUGGGAGCGUUACUGCAGAGGUGUAAAUGCCAUAGUAUAUAUGGUUGAUGCAGCUGAUCCAGAAAAGAUAGAGGCAUCACGGAAUGAGCUUCACAAUUUGUUAGAUAAACCACAGCUAGCUGGUAUUCCAGUUUUAGUUUUAGGUAACAAGAGGGACUUGCCGAAUGCACUUGAUGAAAAGGGUCUAAUUGAAAGAAUGAAUUUGUCUGCCAUUCAAGAUCGAGAGAUUUGUUGCUAUUCGAUAUCAUGUAAAGAGAAGGAUAACAUUGAUAUAACUCUUCAAUGGCUAAUUUCCCACUCAAAGUCUGGAGGUCGUUAGGUCAUAAUUGAGUGGUCAGAUGAAUACCUAUUUAGAACUUUUGGAAUUUGGUGACGUCCAGAGAUUAAGGAUCGACAGUUCUUGCUGUAGUAUCUAAAGGUAAAAUUUAGUCCAACAUUUGAUAAACAGUACAGUAGAUUGAAAUUGAUUCAUCAGUAGAAAACAUAGGCUUUCAUAAAUUUGUGGUUUUAUUCAGGUUCAUGGAUUGACAAUUGAUGUUAACUACAGUAUGUGAAAAGUAAUUAACUAGAAAUAAAAUUGUAAGAAUUUGGAUUAGAUAAUGCAGUUUUUUAUUGAACAGGGAAAUUCUUCAGUCACCUUGAAACAGAUAGAGGUAGACAUAAUACUGUAGUAAGAUAGUGACCGAACAUUUUUAGAAAGAGGGACUUGCAGCGUGUUGUGAGCGCAAAUAAAUUACUUGUAUCUUUUUGUAUAGCUUUUAUACUGUCAGUAUUUUCUGCUGUUGUUUUGGAUCAGUGCGUUUAUUUUAUUUGCAAGUGUUACCUUUAUGUACUUUUUUCAUUCUGCAACUUUUCUCUUGAUCAUCUUGUAAAGCCAUUAUUAAGUUUAAGAAAUUUGUGAAUAUUUUUUAACUUACGCUUAAAUGUAAUUUGAAAUGUAACUAGUACAGUAUACCUAAUUGUAUUUUAUUAAUGUCUCCUUCAAUUUUUCUGAAUAUAUACAUCAUAAGUGAAUAUUAAGUGUAUAAUUCACUAUUAGGUUAUGUAUAUUUGUAAUUUGAAAGUGCAGUAGUCUAUCAUUUCAUAUUUAAGUUUGGGGAAUAUUGCUUAGUGUCUUACCUUAUAUCUGGGUAGCAUAGCCAUCAUAAAAUCCACACUUGCAAUUUGAGAUGAGGUAACUAAGGUCAUCUCUUGGGAGAAAUAAUUUUUCUAAAAGUCGCUAAAGAUUUAUUUUAUAGAUUGUAGCCCCCCUUUUUCUUCUUGCUCUCUUUUCUUAGAAAGAGUGGACCAUUCCUCAGCACUUGGCUUCAAGUUGUCAUAUCAAUUGCUCUGUGUUUUUGUCUGGUGCAUGUCUGGUCUCCAUAAGUGUGUGUAUUUUGGCUUGUAAGUGUGCCUGUGUUAGGUUUGUGACUGUUGUAGAAUGCCUGGUCAUGUUUUUUUGUAAUCAUCACAGAUUAUUGAAGGAUUAUGAUGAACUUCCAAGCCUCAGUGCCAGAGUUGAUGGUCUGACAGAGGUUGGUUGCUAUUCACGAGGAUUACAUAUAACUAAGUGGAUUUGCACAUACUAGUGCUCCAAGUUGCAGGUAGCUGGUCAGGGUGUCUCGUUUACAGGUUGAUAUGAGAAUCCCGACAGAAAUGGUUAGAAUUAGUUAACUGUUACCAUUUUUUUUUAUCUGUAGCCAGAGGGUGUUAACUACUUCUAAGCAUUUUUAUAGUAUAUGGUCUUUUAUAUUUGACACCUAAUAGAUUAUGAAAAGACAUCAUAGUAACCCAUCAGGUAAUUUGUAUUUCAACAACUUAUACAUUGAACAUAUUUCAAGAUUACUUAACCUGAUUGAUACAAUUAGAAUUCAGUGUGGUGCAGUUAAUGAAGGCUGAAAGAAAUGCCUUCAUCCCUGAUGUACAUAUUUUUAUCUCUUGAGAUAUUAGCUCUUAACCACAUGUGUGGCAAUGACAAACUUUUUUAGACCAAAUUUAUUCUACAAAAUUUAAUUUGCUUUUUGCUAGACCCUAACUGUGUAAGACAUAUUUUUUAGGAAAUAUUUCUAAUGUAGUUCUUAAAAAUACCAUUUAGAAUUAGAAGAAAAAGAUCUGAUAAAUAUGUUGACCCUAGAGACUAUAUAUGCUGAUAGUACAUGUAGAUAACGUCACACACACAAAAUAUGUUGGCCAGAUUACGUUCAGGAGUUGCGCGGAAUACGAGAAAAGCAAGUUAGCAAUAUAUAUCAGUAUAUAAAUAUAUAUAUAUAUUAUGUAUACACAUUUGCUGUAUAUAUAUGAAAUUAGGUGUGUGUUGAUUGGACUGUCUGAGCCUUAGAACUUUGUGCUAUUACCAUGAAUCAUGGACAUUGCAGGCCCAAAAUGUUUUCUUAUGAAUAAAUCUUUCAGUAAAGCACUUGGUCACACUCAUGUCACUACACUUUUGUGAAUUAUAUAGGAAUAAUUAAUGUUAGUCUAUCACCCAUUUUAGUGACCUGAAUUCAUAGUGCUUGCCAUUUGUUAUAAAUGGUUCUUAUCUGCCUACUGAAACUUGUGAAUACAGCAUGUUCUGUUGUCAAAAGUAUAUUAGUUUAUUUAAGUUUGUUAAUACGUAUGUAGAAGUGAAUAGUCAUUAAAGCUUAUUAUGAUUUCAUGUUUGAAAACUGAAUUGAUGUUAUUGCAAUUAUAUGUUUAGUCUGUGAUGUUUUGUUAUAACCUAAUAUAAGAUUUUUCACAUUAUUAUUUUUAUUCAUAUGAUGUACAUGUUAAAGAAUAUAUGCUAAUAUUUGAAA